AUGGUGGCUAUCUACGCAGUUGUUAUAAUCGUUGGUCUCUAUAGAAUUUUUGCCAUUGUGCAGAACUCAGAAGAGGGUGCCGUUUAUGAAGUGACCACACGUUGUUAUCAGAAAUACUGGUACCAACUUACUUUCCAGAAUUUUAUUUACCUUCUUCCAAUCCUGGCUCAACGAUGUGCACCAUCCUUCCAUGCUAUGGGAGUGUAUCAUUUUGGCGAUGAAGGAGAGUGGAGAUACAGCAUGAUUCCAGAAGUUAAUGUAGGUUGUUUGGUUGCACCCAGUCACAUUCGACAUCUGCAGAACAUUUGGGCAUGA